AUGGCCCAGUGGUAUCAUCGAAAUGCGCUUAAGCACACUUCAAAGCAGAAUUUUAGCCUACAAAUGGUCUCGGCACAACCGGCUGCCAUUCAAAUCUGUACAGCUAUGGCAAAAGCACGACAAAGAAUACUCGAUCUAGUGUCAGACCCAAGCGCAAAUGGCGAGACAAUGCACAACGAAGUUAUCACCUACCUGUCCUUUCUGCAGGGUUUUGUACUUUGUCACGACCUGGAUAAAAAUCACGCCAGCACUCAAAGUUCCAAGCUGAGACACAUUAUACCCUUCAAAUGGAGUAAUUCAGUUACAGGUCUUGUCGACAAACAGCAAGAUUCUGUCUUUGAGCUGAUUUCUAUUUGUUAUGAAUAUGCCCUUUGGCUAAUGAAGCAUGCUUCAUGGAUUGCAUCUCAAGAAAGUGUUGACAUGGAAAGCGCAAAAUCUGUGCACACAUCUCUUCGUCGAGCUGCUGGCGUUUUUACUUGCAUUCAAACACAGUGGCUUGAACAAUUGCUAGAGAAACCAACGCCCGGUUCUGAUAUUGACCAACGCGUUAUUAGCGCAUACAUCACUACAUGUCAAGCUGAAGCUCAGGAAAUCACCAUUGGAAGGGCUAUUGAGCUGAAGCACAGCGCUUCUUUAGUCUCAGCACUUGCUAAUCAAACGUCACAACUAUUUUUAGCUGCAGCUGCCUCAGUCAAGCCUCUAGAUAUGAAGCAUUUUGGAAAAUGGCUAAUUUAUUUGCAGCUCAAAGCUGAAGUUUAUGAAUCUUACGCUUACUGCUACCUUGGGGAGAAUCUCCUAGAACAAGAAAAGUGCGGUGAAUCAAUUCGUGCUCUGGAAGAAAGUGAACGCCACUACGCACUGGCUACCAAACUUUGUCGCGACUAUGGACAGCUGAAAAUGACUGUCAAGAAUGGAAUGAACGCCAAGAUUGAUGAGCAUUUGUUCUUCAGAAAGUUGCGUCCGCUGGUUUUGCGCAUCAAAGAAAAGUGCGAACGGGAAAAUGGUUUUAUAUUUCACCAAAAAGUUCCCAAAGACUGCCCCAGUUUGGAAAGCUUGAAAGCCACACACGGCCUGGUCACACCCGAGGACUUUAGUAUUCCGCCGUUGCACGAACUUUGGACAACAACUGCCUACGCUGCGUUUGAUAUAACUCGAAAUCUUUCUGAUCCAAAGAAAAAGGACGGCAAAGAGGCAAAAAAAUCUCUUUCACCUGCAUCUAAAGACAAGAAAGACGAUCAUCCCGUUGAGGAAAUAAAAGAAAAGCCCAUAAAUGGUUCAAAGGACCAAAAGAACGAGAUCGGCAUUGUUGGCGAAAUUCGACUGCACAAUGGAGCAAAUAAAGUGUGUGAAACGGUGAACAAUGUCAGCAAUAAAACCAAGUCAAUUCAUGAUGAAACAAAAAAAAUUAAUAAAGAGUUGGAAAUAGACAAGCAACUGGACGAGCUAGAGCAGCCUAUAAAAGAAGUGGAAAAAUUAGCAGCAUUACUAAACGAUCCAGAAAUGACAGAACAGUUGAAAAAACACGCGGACACACCUGUGCUUGACUACUACCUGUAUUGCAAUGUAACGCCACCGAACAGUGUUACACCACCCACAUUUGAGCAAAACUUUCUAGUUGAUAUUGAAAAUGCUAUGCAAGUUCCUGACUUCAAUACUUCUAAUCUCGAUCUCAACCAAAUUUUCAACGAUGUUAAGGAAUACGUUAACAUAGCUAAGAACAAUGCACAAACAUUUAAUUCAACACUUUCUAUGCUGGACAGUAAUAUUGAAGACUUAUGCGGUAAAUACAUUCAAAAUCAUCCCGUUCCUGGUGUGAAUCUUAAUCAAACAUGUGAAGAUAUUAAGAAAAAUGUUGAUAAACUAAAAGACUUUAAAGGUGCCUCUGUUGAUACAUCGAAAAUGAAGAACAAAAUGAAAACAAGUGGCGGAAUUAUGGCAGCUGUUUGGCGUUUUUGCAGUAACGUUAUAGUGAUGCUGUACUUAGUCGGCAACGUUUUUAGAUACAUCGGUGUUGGCGGUUAUGUGAUGAUGAAGACCAAGUACAUUGAAUCGCAGUUCAGAACAUCGUCUUCUUCGGCGAGGGUAUUAAUGCCAUAG